AUGGAGGCGUCGACGUCGUCCCUGUCAUCGUCGGCGCUCCCGAUGGACGUCCUCCUCGAGAUCUCGGCGCGCUCCGAUCCUGUAACCCUCGUGCGCUGCGCCGCCGCGUGCAAGGACCUCCGCCGGGAGAUCGCCGAUCCGGCCUUUCACCCGCGCCUCCGCCUCCGCCGCGCCGACCGGUUCAUGCCCUUGUUCUUCCGCGGCUUUUUCGUCCAGAACCAGCCCAACAAGGUCAUCGAGCCCCCCCGUUUUUCCGUCCCCGUCCGCCUUACGGAACCGUCCCCCGAGCCGUUCCGUUCCUUCUUGUUGGAUAACGACAGCAUCUUCGAGUUCUACCAUCCCGAGCUGGCGGCGAGCCGUGGCCUCGUCGCCCUCCGCUCCGACACCCCCGAGUCCGGAGGCCCCCCCGGCACGUGCGUGUUCAACCCCAUGACGGGCUACGUGAACUGCAUUCCGCCGCCGAAGAUCAACGCUCAAUCUUUCGUCUUGCUCACGAGCGACGACGGCGACCGCGCCUGCCAUUACCGCCAGGUCGCCGCAGAGCUGGCUUCAGGCCGCCUUAAGACCCAGGAAUUCUCGCCGGUCGACGACAACAGUCGGUGGCAGCCCAUCGCCGAGACCGCGGUGGCCCCGUGCCCUCAGGACGCCGCGCUCUUGCACCCUGCUCUCGUCCUCCAAGGCGACGCCCAAUGGCUGUGCAGGUCAUCAGAGUACCACUUCUUGCUGAGGUUCUCCCGCGCGCAGCUUCAGGCGUCCGUGACAAAAAUCGGCGGAAUCUGCGGCGAGCAGCUCCGCGGGCGCGGACCGGGGGAGCUCCUCCUGGUGUCGGACGGCCAAGGGAAGAAGCCGCAACUCCUCGUGGCCGUCGGGCUACAAAUAUCACUCUGGACGUUGUCUGACUCGAACGAUGGCAACGGCUGGUCCAUGCAGGUGCUGGUCGAGCCGGAGAGCAUCCACCAAGACGAUGUGUUGAGCGAGAGGCUCGAGCUGCGGUCGUUCGGUGCGAAGAGCGGUUACGUAUUCGUGCGGAUGGCGGGCGCGAAUGAGAGCUCCCUGUCGUGGUACUUCAUGCUGGAAUUGGCGACGAGGAGGGUUCGCGGGGUUUGCAAGGGCGAGCCCCAGAACGCGCUCGUCUACUUUCCCUAUGAGAUGGAUCUCUCCUUUUGGCGCCCAAAAUUCACUCGUCAAUUGCAGUAG